GUUACAGUUAGUGGUAGAAUUGAAUCGGAUCGGACUGUAUUAUUGAUUUUCACCAGACAUGAUGCUGCAUUGCCCGGUUAUUAGCUCCUCAAUCUGUUCCUCACAGCCUGGGGUCGGUUUACUUGAACUUGCCUGCAUUCUGUCUCACACAGUUGCUAAGUUGCUAUGCAUCAGGAUCACACCAGAUGGGAUGUUGCAUUUGUCUGUCCAAGUGAAUGAGACUGAAUGAUCUCUUGUUACUUAUCAUUUUCAUGUUCACACAUUGACGCUGUUUUAGUCAACCAUAGCAUUACCAGGUUGACACUCUUUAAUGUCGGGAUUCUGUUGUUUUAGUUUAUGUUACCGUGAUCCACCUAUAUAUAUAUGGUAAAAUGAAGAAAACUCUUACUUGUCCAGCUCUUCAGCUCAUGCAUCUGCACGGUUCAUUUGAACUGCAGACACUGUUGUUUAUCCAUUUGGUAAAAGCAUCGAAAUGGUAGUGCAAUAGUGCUUGUUUAGUUAAUCUUAUUCUAGGCAUGAUAAUGGCAAUCCUAAUCAAUCUGCUUACCUUUUCAGUUUUACCUUAGCACAAGAAGUAGCAGCUAAGGUCUAAAAUUGUUUGUUUGAUGCAACUUAUCACCUUUUGAGUUUUGAAUUUUUUUCAAAGACCUGGCGCUUGUAUUCCCUUCUGCCAUAUUCUAUUCAGUGUGAAAAGAGGGUUCGGUAUUGAAUCAUACUACUCCCUCUGUACCACAAUAAGACGCUUUUGCAAGCUAUUGUGGGACGAAGGGAGUAGUUGUUUGAUGGACAGUUGAAAUCAAGAAAUAUGCGUGAUGUUGACACUUGUGCAACUUAAGCGAGCUGAACUUUGGAACGCCCCAGCAUGUGCGCGCAAGGGUUUGGAACACUACAAUGACAUGAAUCAGGGGGAUGAGCAUGAGCUGGUUGAAGCAGUGGGCGUGAAAAGCUUUUCUCACUGUGGUCCGUGGCUGCAUGCAAAUUUUCUUGCUAGGCGUAAAGGUGCCAGCAGCUGUGAUGCUGUUGUUCCCAAGUACUUGUUUGCUGAGCUGAGAAUUGAUGCAGACGGUCUGUCGUGUGUUUCAUGCUUCAAGAUGGACUCAGAUGUGGAGUGUGCCCGACAACGUUUGUCCAUCCCGCUGGUGGUGUGUACAUUGGUGCCCGGCCGGAACGACGUCUUCAGCCUGCUCCCACAGGUCUACAAAUAUCGUUUAGUUUCUAAAUGUCGGAAUUUUACACAAAUUGAUGUAUGUUGCCAGUUUAAUGAGCAAAAGGGUUUGGAAAAGGCGAAAAGCGCACUUUGA